GAAGGGACCGUGUUGCACCCGGAACGGUUCUUACAUUUAUCCUUUCAAUCAUCUAUACAUUGACGUAUCUUUCAGUGCAACACGAUGGAUUAAAGUAUAUGCAUUAAUGUAUAUAAAAGAGAUUACUGCAUAGACUAAGGCCCUUGGAAACCUUGAAGAGCAGACCCCCUGAGACUCGCGGCGGCGACCACAGUGAGUUUGAAUGUUUUGGCGUCACGUAGGUGCUCCCGCUCACCAUGGCUACCACACUCAGCUUCUCAGGGAAAAACCACAAAUGGGACACCGCAGAGGACGCCCAGCCAGUGGUUGACGCCAUACUUGCUGCGUCCGACCUCCACUGCCUGGCCCUGGAUGGCAAUACGCUGGGGGUGGAGGCUGCUCGGGUCAUUGGGGAUGCCUUGGCUGCCCAUCCUGAGUUUGAGCGAGCCCACUGGAAGGACCUUUUCACGGGCCGCCUCAAGUCAGAAAUACCCGAUGCCCUGAGGCACCUAUUUUCGGGACUGGUGAGGGCUGGAGCAAAGCUGAAGGAACUGGACCUGAGCCACAAUGCCCUUGGACCAGUGGGUGUGGAAGGCAUGGUGGACUUCAUGUCUUCCCCUGUCUGUUAUUCGCUUGAGGAGCUACGUCUGGACAACAAUGGGCUGGGCAUCAAGGGUGGUACCAUGCUGGCUCAGUCCCUCCUGAAGCUGGUGGAGAAUGCCAAGGCUGCCAACACUCCUCUCAAGCUGAAGGUGUUCAUCUCAGGACGUAACAGGCUUGAGAAUGAGGGUGCAGAGAUGUUUGCCAAGUUCUUCAAAGCAGUGGGCACCCUGGAGCAUGUAGCCAUGCCCCAGAACGGCAUAUUCCAUGUGGGCAUAGCAGCUCUUGCUUCUGCCUUCAGUAUGAACCCUGACCUAAGGAUAAUCAACCUUAAUGACAACACCUUCACCCCUAAGGGAGCAAAGGCCAUGGCAGAAAAGUUGCCCACCAUGCAGAAUCUAGAGGUUAUUGACUUUGGUGAUUGUCUGUUGAAGACAGCAGGUGCCAAGUACAUUGCUGAUGCCCUGACAGACACCCAUACCAAGCUGCAGGAGCUGCGUUUGGACAGCAAUGAGAUAGGAGUGAAUGGAGGUCUAUCGGUGGCCAACGCUAUGGUCAAUAAAGACAACCUGAAGGUUCUCAACUUGGAUAGCAAUCAGUUUGGGGCGGAAGGACGGGAGAACAUUGUUAUUGUUCUGCAAGACAUUGGGCGCCUUGACUCCCUGGAGACUCUGGAGAAUGAUGAGAACACUGCCAGUGAGGAUGAGGACUCAGAUGAGGAAGAGGAUAGUGAUGAUGAUGAGGAGGAAGAGGAGGAGGAAGAUGUUCAAGAAUUGGAGCCAUCUGGUGUGAGUCCCUUGAAGCGGGCAGAUGCAGUAAUCCAGCCAGUCAAGGCCACAGCAGCUGAGUUCAGGGCACAGCCAACAGCAGCACGCCUCUUGGGUCUAGGAAAUUCUGGUCCCUCACAGCUGGUGGAGGAGGCAAGGCAGCUGUCUAAAGGGUCUCAGGAGGAGUUCAUCUUUCACUGCUUUGGUCUCAUGAUGCGCACUGCCUCCCUUGCCACCUCCAAUAACAAACAGGUACAAGAGGCUGUAAAGACUGCUACUGACCAGCUUGCCCAGGCGGUCUUUGCUGAAGAACCAAAGGAUGAUCUCUCCUCUGUUGCCACCAACUCCCUGCUCAUCCACCUUGGUCUCAUCAAGUGUGAGGAUAAAAAGUUCAAGCUGGAGUGGGACCUGCGGGGCUGCCUCCUCACCCUGGCAGCCAUUGUGAAGCACUCUGCCUUUCCAGACCACACCAAGAAUGCCCUGCAACUGUUCCUUUCCAGACCUAACUCCAAGAUUGAUGCGUAUAUCCAAGAAAAGCACAGGCUCAUGACAGCCAUCUUCCAGUAAAGGUCUGUCGGCUGGUCUCAGCAGGUGUUUGGUGACGUGCUACAUGGAGUGGGAACACCUUCGUUUACCUUUUUAUAAGCUCAUUGAUUUUUUACCUCUUCGUGGAGCAAGGUUUACUGGAAAGUCCUAUCUCCAUUUGACACAUUUACUGUCCUGUGAUUCACUGAUAGCUGUUAUGGGUCUCUCUUUAAUGCACCUCAGCUUUCAUUCCCAACAUGAGGGAACUUGACAAGUGAAAUAAGGCAAAGUGUAAUGAAUCAACAUAAAAAGUUAUAUUUUUGAAGAUUUUCUGAAGUUUGCUUUUGAUUAUGAGUGUUGUUGUGGUAAGAAAACCAAAGUAAUUUUUUAUUUUUUUUAUUUAUUUAUUUUUUUAUUUUUGAUUUAUUGAUAUACUGUGUGUGGAAAUGAUCAUAAGGUAUGUGUUGUAUAGGUAUUAAUUUAGCAAUUAGGUCAUUUUUGUAUGUUGUGACCUAAGAAACUACACUUUGGUGGGAGUAGUUGAACCCUGAAUAACCUGUGGAUGGAACUGGGUAAGCUGUGAUGGGAUGGAAUUUAUGAAGUCACCAGUGAAAUGUCUUGUCUUCAGCUAUUUUAAUUUGUUUAUUCCAUCUCUCUCUCUCUCUCUCUCUCUCUCUCUCUCUCUCUCUCUCUCUCUCUCUCUCUCUCUCUCUCUCUCUCUCUCUCUCUCUCUCUCUCUCUCUCUCUCUCUCUCUCUCUCUCUCUCUCUCUCUCUCUCUCAUUUAAAAAUUAUUAAUAGUUAAUUGGUAGUGAAUUAGUGUUUAUGUAAUAUUGCAGCUAAUGCAGUUUUGAGUGGAAAGUCCAAAAAUUUCAUAAAGGAAAUUCUUUAUUUGACUUUUUUUUUUUUUUUUUUUUUUUUUUUUAUGUGAUUGCUGGGUGUUAAUAUUCAUCAGUAUUUUUAUUUGUAAAUUUCAACUUGCUGCCAACAGACAACCCACAGUCAGCCAUGUAAGUUCAAAUUAGCAUUAAUAUUUAAGUCACAUUUCAGGUAAUUAUAUCUAGAUUUUUUUUCUCCCUGAUAUUUUACUUCCUCUUUCUUCAAUGGCCAAAAAGCUUCAGAUGCCAAACAUUUUUUUUUUCUUUGUUAUACCUAUAAUAAAUGUUCUGUCUGUGA